CUCUCUUCCGUCAUUGCUAGAACACUCACUCGCUGCAGCAAAUUCAAUUGCAUCUUCCAGCUCCCUCUUGUUCUCUUCCUCGCACUCUCCCUCCCUCCCUUGCACUUCUGCUCUUCGCUCUCCGAUUCCCUUCUCGGAGACUUUUCAAGCUGCGAUCCGUCUGCGUGCGCUCUACUUGUCUUUCUUCUGUUCGGAUCCGGCUCAUUCGCGAGUUCUACUGCGAUCAAUCGACUCGCUCUCUCUCUCUUUGUUCGCGGUUGGCGGUUUUGGUGUAACGUCUAGGAAUUAAGUACUCCAAUGUGCGCCUACCGCGAAUCAGGUGAGAACUGUGAGUGGUUUGACAAUGAGAGUAAUAAGGGACGGUGUAACCGAUUUAAGAGAUGGUGUCUUUUGAUUGAAUCUACCGAGUUCGAUACUCCAGAAAGCUAGACAUGUUCUUUUUAGGGUUUUGUUAUCGAGUUUGGUCGUUCGCUCAAGACUUUGGGGUUCUGUUCUUGUGAAAGCGAGAAUGGUGUAUAAGUGCUUUUUUUGGACGUCUGUUGGUUCAUCUAAGCGUGUUAAUGCGUUGGAACGUGAUUAUGCUUUUCUUGAUUCCACCUGUAACAUCUUUCUGCUGCUUACCAGAGUAACCUGAGGAGUUUCUCAUCUCGUAGGGUUUUUCUUGGAGUUGUCAGAUGAUUCUUCUGAGGGAUGGGUAGGGAUUUCGCAUCGUUCAAUCGAGGUGGUUGCUUCGUGACGGAUUAUUUCGUAGAAAGUAAUGCAACCGAUGAGAUGAGAGCAUCAGGGUUUUGACUGAACGCAGGCGGAUCAUGAAGAUAUGUUUCGUAUUUCUGUAGUUCUUUUGUGCUAACAGCUAUGGCGAAGAAAGGUAGAGUGUAGUCGCGCUUGUAGGAGACCAAUUGGUUGCUAUGCGGCACCCAUGGCCAUGUAUGUAAAUUGCACUUCUGCACAUGGCGCAAAAGAAGAAAGCAUCCGCUUUUCGCACUGCUUCUGUAAAUAUUCCUGUGCCCUCUUCCCAGCCAAACAACGCUCCAGUGUGGUUGAUUUCAUCUGCACCGUAUGAUAGCGAUUCGCGGGAAGCGGUGGCAGUGCCGGAGAUCCAAGCCGGAACGGUUGCAGAAGCGUUUUUAUCGGAGACUGGAGGAGGGCAAAGAAAAAGAGAUGUUACAGGUCCAUGCAAAGGUGAUGUCACAGAGAAAACUCUUGGGAAAGGAGUUGCUCCCGCCCGGCUUCCGAAUGGGGCAGGGAAGGGGCUGCCCAUUGCUCGUUCUGGAGGAUGUAAAGUUACUAGCGGUGCGAAAGAUGAAACUUCGAAUUCUGCGCAAAUUAAAGGAGAGUGUGACAAGGCAUUGGUGGCUUUGCGGAGAGGAAACAGUACAAAAGCUUUGAAGCUCAUGAAAGAUGUAUGUAGCCGAAAUGACGCUUCUAGUCUAGCAUAUCGUGUGCAGGGGCAUAUUCUCAUGCGUAUAGCGGCUGUUAUCGAGGACACUAGCACGAAGAGAAAGCACUUUCAAUCCGCCCUUGAGAGCGCGAGAAAAGCUGUUUCUCUUUCCCCUCGGUCCGUGGAGUAUGCGCACUUUUAUGCUCAGCUUCUUUAUGAAGCUGCAAAAGACAGCAAAGGCUAUGAAGUAGUGGUCCAAGAAUGUGAAAGAGCUCUACAUAUUGAUGAACCCAUUGAUCCAGCGAGUGAGAGCCUGCACCAUGAGCAGGAGCAGGAGCUUCUUACUGCCGAAGCUCGCAUUGAACAUGUCAAACAGGAAUUAAAAAAUUUGGUUCAGAAGGCAAGUUUAACCUCUAUUUCUACCUGGAUGAAGACGUUUGGAAAUGGCUCUGGGGAGGAGAAGCUUCGAUUUGUACAGAUGCGGAAGUUUGCAGAGCAGGACCCAAUGGAGCAAAGGGUAUCUCAGCCAAAGCGUCCACAUGAGGCUAAGAAAGUGGUGAAGACUCCUGAAGAGAGGCGGAAAGAGAUUGAGGUUCGGGUUGCUGCUGCAAGGCUAUUGCAACAGAGGGAUUCAUCAGCCGAUGGUGGCAUAGACUCCACUGAGGAUCAUGAAAAGUCGCUUCAGAAAAAGCUUGAAAGACGGAAAUCUAGUGGGCAAAAUUCACGAAAGGUUUCCAAGCCCCUUUCUGUAGAUGAGAGAAUAGAUCGGGUACGACAGUUUUGGUAUGAUCUUACACCUGAAAAGAGGGAGAGUAUGCUUGAAGUAUCUAUCGCUGAAUUGCGGGAUCAUAUAACAUCUUGGAAGGAGAGCGGAGGACUUAUCAAAAGUCACGCUGCAUCUGAUGCUCUUUCCGAGGCUUUAGAGUUCGUGCAGGAGAAAAAAACUUGGCGCUUCUGGGUGUGCUGCAAAUGUGGGGAAAGGUUUACCAGCUACCACGAUCUGAGUCAUCAUACUUUGGAGAGGCAUGUGCCGACUCUUCCUCAGAAAUUUCAACAGAUGAUACCUCAUGAGAUCGACCAAGAGUGGGUGGAUCAGCUGCUGGAUGAAGAUUGCAGCCCAAUUGAUGGAGCUGCAGCUGUCGAGCUGCUCAUCCAAUCUGCUUGUUCUUACCAGCCCGAUGAAUCAGAAUCUAUAGAAACCACCGCUAUGCAGUUCGAAGAUUCGAAGUUGUCUCAGAAAUCUGAGAAUGAAGUCACCAUGGCCGAGAGCGUGGAGAAUGUUAAAAAGGUGGAACUUGAAUUUUUUGAAGAUAUUGAAGCAGGACUUGGCCAGGGAGCAAGUGGAUUAUUCCAGGAGCAUCUGCAUACCUGCAUAAGAGAUUAUCAAAAAGGAAUAAAAAUAGACCGGUCUGCUAAAAUAGAAAUUCCUUCUCAAAACCUACCACUUGCGGAAGACAAGUCAAGGAAAGAGCUGCUCGAGAAAAUUUACAACCUGUUCAGGAUUCUCAUCAGGAACAAGUGCUUAGCGCAUGACCAUGUUGCAAAGAUUAUCCAAUUCGCCACAGAGGAAACUCAGUCUUUAGUGUCAGAUCCUGCAGUGCCUUAUGAGUUCAAUCAAUCCCCCGUGUAUAUUCGCUUCUUGGAGCUAUCACCUCUUCAGCGUCUACACAAUUAUCUUGUGGAGUUUGGUCAGGCAUGUGGAGUAAACUGCCAUUUAGAAUCCACGGUUUUGUCUCGAAGUGGAGAUGCUGGUGAAGAAGAGAUUAUUCUAGAUCAGCUGUCUUUGAACGAGGGUUUUACACGUCUCUUGUUAGACGAGCGUGUGCUCAAGGAAUUUCCUGAGGGGAAACUUUUACCUAGUGAAAUCCUAAAGCAUGGAGGAGUCAAAGAGUUCGCGGCCGAAAAAGACCCCGUAGCUCAUCGACACCCUUUGUGUCUUAUGAUAGGUAAGACUGGAGAACCAGGUACCAAGCAUAUGGAUCUUCAACUAUCAUGGAUGUUUGGUACCCUAGAACAUGAAUAUCUGCCUUCUGGUUGGAAGCAGUUUCGGGAGCAACAGGGACAGCGGGGGCGCGCUGUGUGCCGUGAACUUGAGAAAGAACUUGAAAAUAUACUCGACUUAUGUAGACAGAAAUAUGAACUUCUGAGUAAUGAGGAGGCAUUAAGCUUUGUUGAACGAUUAUGCGUAGAAGAAAACAAAAGAAGAGAACUUCAACCUGAUGGUACUGGCAACAGCUUUGAGGUAAUUUUGAAAGACCGGCAGCAGGAGCUACUCGAUGCCCGCGUACGUGGGUUUUCUUCUAGUCGAAAAUCCGAGCUAGAUGCGAUUAGUGACAUCUUAAGGGAUGCUCAGACUGGGAUGGUUCGCAGGCGUCCUAGUGAUGGAAGCUUGGGAGUCCGUGUAAGUGACUGGGAUGAGUACGAAGAAUCGUGGAAAGUGCCAGAGUCCAUCCAUCGUGUUGAUUCCCGCGUAGAUGAAGAUUCUCGUGUGGAGGAUGCAAUGUUUCGACAAAGAGAACAGCUUUCAAAUAAGAUUAACCUCCUGGAUGCAAAAAUAAUGAGAGCAACGGAUGAUCUGGAAAAGUUGGAGAUUAAACUUGGACAAUUGGCGGUCCUUGAUUAUACAGCAGUUACUCUCCCUCUCGUGAAGAGUUUUCUCCAGAAUCGGUUAGCGGCAGAAGUUGAAAGGGAUGCCAUGCGGAAAUCAGAGGCAGCUCAAGAAGCUUUUCUUGCGGAGCUUGCCAAGGAUCAGAAAAACUUAGUACCCAAAGAAGCAGAAUAUCAGAAGCAAGCCCGUGACAAGUCAAAAGAGAAGAGGAAAGCUAAAGAUCAGAAAAAGUCCAAGGAUGCAAAGCGCGGUUUCUCCCACGCAGGACAGCAAGUUGAAGCUGCCAGUGUGGAGUUGGACGAAGAGGACAGGGGUGACCAUUGGGAUUGGGUGGUUGGAGAUGAUGCAAAGCAACAGCGCGAGUCUGAAGUUCAGCAUCAAGCUUUGUUGUUAGAAGAGGAACGCAAGCUUAUGGAAGCUCUGGAGUUACAGCGGCGCGUGGAAGAAGAAGCCAAGCGGAAACAUCUGGCGGAGCAAGAACGGAGGAGGCAAUUAGCACAGCAGACCAUGCAGGCCUUGGACAAUGGGAAAGAAGCCGUUUGCACUCUACCAACUGCGAGUGACUUGGUUGAUGUUGUCAACUCCGAGAUGUUGCCAUCAAGUUCCAUGCAACUCUCGGUGGCUCAGAAAAGCUGUCAAUAUCCCACCGAAGUGGCAGAUCCUAUGAAUGGUCAAGUAGUUCUUCCGACAGAAGGAAUACACAACUCUAGAGAGGUUUUGCGUCCUUCUCUUCCACCGCAGAAAAUGCACCCUGUCAUAGACCAUAAGGUCUCUGAAAUCUCUGUAAAUGUGCCCGGUGGGACGGAAUUUGAUUUGGAAGUUACUGAGCAGCAUAUGCUGAAAGAUACGUGUAAUAAUAUCUUGGGGAAAGCAAGUCGUGAGGAAGUUAUAGCGUCAGAAGGUGGUAUCCACUUACCACCAGCGGAUGGUGAUCACCCUAAUGCUGUACAGAAGAAAACGAAAGGAGGUAGUAGCCGCAACCGGCGCAGAAAGGGUCCUCGUAUAUACGCUGAAGAAGGUAUAGUAGUUGAUCAGGAUCCACAGUCUUGUAAUACUUUUGAAUCUGCUAAUGGGUUAAAGACAUUUCCAAGGCAGAACCUCUCAAAGGAGCUUGGGGCGUCAUCUUCUAUAGACAAGUCGAAGCCUCUUUUGCGCCAGAAUACUACGCGAAAUUAUGGUGCUGCACCAACUAACGGGGUACAUGCAGCACAGCCACUCCUCCUAUUACCUGCACCUCCUGCAUAUGAAGGUUGUGCCGAGCAUGAGGUAAAGAAGACCUUGCGGCAGCUUCAAACAGAGCAAGACGAUGAGGAGCGGUUUCAGGCUGAUUUGGAGCAGGCCAUGCGUCAGAGUUUAGACAUGUUAGCUUCGCAGUCAGCAGCGCCAGUAACCUCAAGCUAUAUAGCUUCAUCUCCUCUUCACACCGUAAGCUCAAACGGCACAGCUGGUGAUUGUGGAGCGCAGCAACUGGUAGAGGCAGGGACUACUGGAUCUCAACCUGGAGCAGUUGAAGCACUUUCGAAGGAAGUUGAGGAGUUUGGGAAAGGCCUGAGAAACGAAAUUGGGCAGUACAACUGUUUUCUCAAUGUAGUCAUACAGUCACUAUGGCAUUUGAGGCGGUUUCGGGAGGAGUUGUUGGCUGACACGAGUAUGCAGCAUGUGCAUGUGGGAACACCUUGUGUGGUUUGUGCACUGCGUGAUAUUUUUUUGGGUUUGGAUACGCCUGUCCACAACAGCAGCAGUAGAGAUGCAGUUGCUCCGAUUGCUUUGCGGGUUGCUCUCAGUGCAUUGUAUCCAGAUAGUGACUUAUUCAAACAGGGGCAAAUGAAUGAUGCAUCUGAAGUCUUGGCAGUUAUUUUUGAGUGUCUACACAAGGCUUUCGUGCCAAAUGCUACUUUUGUUGGCAACUCAGAGAGUAGCUUAGCACGAGGAUCAUGGGAUUGCUAUGGGGAGCAUGCAUGCAUGGCUCACGCUUUGUUUGGACUGCACGUUGCCGAGCAAAUGAAUUGCCAAAGCUGUCAUUUGGAGUCUCGGCACUUAAAGUACACGGCUUUUUUUCACCACAUUAAUGCAAGUGCACUGCGUACUGCUAAGGUACUGUAUCAGGAAAGCUCCAUGGACGAGCUUUUAAAACUUGUUGACAUGAACGACCAAUUAGCAUGUGAUAUCACUGAUGAUGGUGGUUGUGGGCGGCAAAACCACAUGCAUCACCUCCUCCAAUCUGCUCCUCAUGUAUUUACGACAGUGCUGGGGUGGCAGAACGGGCGGGAGAGCUUUGAAGAUAUAACAGCCACAGUGGAUGCUAUUGAUGUUGCAUUAGAUGUUGGCGUUAUUUAUUGUGGCCUUGAUAAAGGGUUCCAUCACAGACUAGUAUCUGUUGUAUGCUAUUAUGGUCUUCAUUAUCAUUGUUUUGCCUAUAAUCAGGAGCUUGGUAGGUGGGUAAUGUUUGAUGACAGCACAGUAAAGGUUAUUGGGGAAUGGAAAGAGGUGGCAAGCACAUGUCGGAGAGGACAUUUGCAGCCUCAAGUGCUUUUUUAUGAGGCGGUAGCAGCAAGAUCUGAGGCUUUGGCACUGACAGUGUGUUAAUGGGUUACUGGAAAAGUUAAUUGAAGUUGAGGAAUUUAUUGAUUCGCGUAGGCAUAUGACUGUAACUCUCAUUUCAAAGGAACAAAUCAUCACUUUGCUGAGCACUUCCCGUCUGUGUUGUGUCAUCAAAAAGGCCACAACGGAUUGUCUUCAGUAGUAUGUAGGCUGAAAUAUGUAGUGUAGAAGUGGUGGAGGUCUUGAUGUAGCUCGACUGUUUUUCCUCUUGCAUCCCAUUCUUGAAAUGUAGCUAGCCUAGAAUAAUGUGCAGAGUGGAGAAGUGGAAACGGUCAACCCGUUGCAUCUUGCUACUGCUCCUUUCAAAGUUCUACUCAGGAGUUUUCUGGAGUUCUGAAGGUUGAUGAACUUCUGACAUAACUCGGCAUGGAGCGCAUUGUAGUCGAUGUAAAAGAUAAGUUUUCGUACUUGGCAAUUGAACCAUUUGAACAGUUACAUCAUGACUCUUAUUAAUAUGCUAUGAUGACUAUGCUUUUACUUUAGACGUUUUUAAGACAGAGAUAAUAGAAAAAAGAUGGUUCUAAAAUUCAAAUUCAAGUAUUCACUAUAUCAUUAUAAAUUCUGAUUAGUUAUUAUAUCAAA